CACGGUAAUAUUGUUAUCACUCAAACUCAAAGACUCAAAAGACCACUCAACUGAAGUUGCUCAAAAUGUAUAGAUUUUAGUGAGUGGGCAGUCAGUGAGAACAGCAAAUACCAAAUUAAAAAAAAAAAAAAAAACCAAUAAUUUCCCACCCUUGUUAUUUGAUUUCCACUUUAACUCUCUUUCUAGUCUCCCGUCCUAAAAUAAACCGCCUGUACUUGUGUUCUGUUCCAACUAUUUCUAGUUUUGGCUUCCUCCUCUUCCUCCUUUCAUUUCAACAGCUCUUUAUUGGUAUUUGUUUCUGUGGUGAUACUGAUAAUACCACCUCACUUCAGGCUCAAUACUGUGGGUUCAUAUCGUAUAUGGUCACACACAAAGUUUGAAGUUUUGGGGUGGAGAAAUACUUAAUUGAUUCAGAGAUCUGAAAAAAUUAUUGAGAAGAGGAAUAUAAUUGUUCAAGGACUGUUCUAAAGAUUAUUGAUUUUAUGGAUCUGAGGAUGGUAUGAGGUGUGACUUUGUUGUUCAGCUGUUAUUAUUAUACAACUCUGAUUUUGAAUUUUACGCUUUUGGAGGGUUUACUGUACAUUUUUACUUCAAACUCGGUGGGGCUACAACGGCUCCAGAUCCACAACGUUUUUUUCUGAGAUUUUUACCAGCUUCAUUCCUGAAUUUUGCAAAAGAGAUAUCUGGCAAAAUUGGUGGAGAAGUGAAUUUUCUUUGAGUCUUGGCAGAGAAUUGAAUGGAGUAGAGUUUUCCGAGAAGUUGUGGUAGUUGCAUUGGUGGGGUUGGUUUUAGAAAAGGAUUAAGAGCUCAAAUGUUGAGUGGCCACUGAAUAUUCGCCAACAUUCAACUGCUUAGUAGAAAAGGAGGAUGAUUGAACAAUUCAUUAAUUUCGUGAUUCGGCCUCCCAGGGCGGACUACAACCCAGACCAGUAUUUAUGGGAAACGGAUUUCACUCUAGCCGGCAGGAAAUACAAAAGACAAGACUUGGAGGCAACUGAUGAAUGGACGGGGUCACAUCUUACGAUGUAGUCAUUACAUGCCUUCUCCUUUACCAGAAGACACACCUCUCCCCUGUGUCAUUUACUGCCAUGGGAACAGUGGAUGUAGAGCAGAUGCAAAUGAGGCUGCUGUGAUCCUUCUUCCCUCUAAUAUCACUGUUUUCACACUUGACUUUUCUGGUUCAGGACUAUCCGAUGGCGAGUAUGUCAGCCUUGGUUGGCAUGAGAAAGAUGACCUUAAAAUUGUGGUGUCUCAUCUGAGAAGCAACAAACAAAUUUCACGCAUAGGUCUUUGGGGACGAUCAAUGGGUGCUGUCACAAGUCUUCUUUAUGGAGCAGAGGACCCCUCCAUAGCUGGAAUGGUGUUAGAUAGUGCCUUCUCAAACUUAUUUGAUCUAAUGAUGGAACUUGUGGAUGUCUACAAAAUUCGACUUCCUAAAUUUACAGUAAAAGUGGCUGUCCAAUACAUGCGGCGUGUCAUUCAGAAGAAGGCCAAAUUUGACAUCAUGAAUCUAAAUUGCAUGCAGGCUGCACCUAAAACUUUUAUUCCAUCUUUAUUUGGGCAUGCAACUGAGGAUGUAUUCAUUCAACCCCGCCACUCCGAGAUCAUGUUCAAGUCUUACGCGGGGGACAAGAAUAUUAUUAAGUUUGAUGGUGAUCACAACUCUCCACGGCCACAGUUUUAUUAUGACUCAGUUUCUAUUUUCUUCUACAAUGUUCUUCAUCCCCCUCAAGUUCCUUCUGCAAUUUCAACAAAGCUUGAAAAAUAUUAUGAUCUGGGGAACCUGAAAGUUGGUGCUGGUGUAGAUGAGAGCCUCCUUUAUGAGAUCAUCUCUGGUCUUCGUUCAGUGCAAACUGAUGCUGCAAGCUCUUCGUCAGUUCCUCCUAGUAUUUUCGCUGCAACUCAGGAUUCAUUACUUGAUGAAGACAGUAGGUCUAGUACAAAUAUUGAUGACAUUCCACCACAUCUGCAGGGAACUUCACAGGAAAACACUAAUAAUCAGAAUGAGGAAUGCUGCUCGCAUUCCAGUUCAAAUCGAGAGAGUUGGGGAAGGUGCUCUUCUCUAGGAGGUAGCGAUGGAGAUCCCUCUUCUGCUGAUUGCAAGACCGCAAAUAACAGACAUCAGGGGACUCUGAAGGCGCUUGCAACCCCUCUUAGAAGGAUACAAAGGAAAUUAGACCCGCUGAAGGGAGAGGAGGAGGUCAAGGACAAGGACAAGAAGAAGAAUAUCAAUAAGAAGAAAGAUCCAAUAGUUGUUCAGAAGAAGCCGAGAAGUGAAAAGAUGGAAAAAUUUGAGGCUUUGAGUCAGCGGAUACGACUCUCCAUUCUAAAGCGAGUUAACCACCAUCGGAGACAGUGUUCUUCAUGAGAGCGUCUGCAUACCAUUCUUCUGUACAAUAAUGCAAAGUGUUGUCACAUUGUUUCUCACUAGGGUGUUUUUUUCUUUCUUUCAGUAAUCUAAGUCUCUCCUUGUAUCUCUCGUGUUCUUUUUUUUUUCUUCUUUGGCAUGCAUAGUUGGGCAGCAAAGUAGCCGAGGUUGAUCGACACCAAAUAGUAUCAUUGAAGUAUUUAACUUUGUAAAGUUGUACCUUCAUAAAUCUGGAAAUGUCACCAAGUCAAAGGCUGCUCAUCAGAUUUAGAUGG